AAUUUUUGAUUUUGGGGUGAACUGUCCCUUUAAGAAACCUCCAGCUGGAAUUUCCAGUAGUAUGGAAGCAAGUGUUUCCCUCAUUAUGUGCUUGAAUUUAUGUCAUGGGGGAAUAGCUGGAUGCUCCCCUGUGGUAGGACUGACUCUUGACAAAUCACAAACACAGAUUCCAUUUACUAAACAUUUCAGUUCAUCUGCAUGGAUUUCUUUUAAUUCCCUGCAUGUGUCUUGCAUUUCUCUGGGACUGUAUUGUUGUACAUACAGCUUUAUAACAAAGCCAGAGUUAGUGUUUGACACUGAGUCUAAUAGAUCAACCCUUUGUGUCGCUAAACCUUCCUGCAUCUCUCUAACUAAUCCAAAAGCCUGUACCUGUUAUUCUCUUUUUUUCCCCUGCAAUGGAUCAAAGAUGAUGUCUAAGAAGAUCCCCCAGUGCUCUGCAGUGGAUCCAUUGGAGCAUGAUCAGCCUCCCAGCAAUUGUCAGGUGGACCGGUCUGUGAAGGCAGCACUGGGGUGUAGGAACAAGGCUGAAUCAGGUCAAAGAAACGGAGAGACCGCGUCAUCAUCCCCAGAGAGUGGUAGCUUGAAUGGAGACGGAAAGCGCAGCGGGAAAAACCGUCGCCGCAAGAAACGUUCAUCCAAUCCCGAGAGUCGCCCUGAGGGGAAGGUCGACAGUAAGACCAAGAAUGAAGAGAAGUCAGACAAAAGGACCAGCCAGCCGCCUGACCCCCGUGCUGGGCUGAUUGGCCUGCAGUCUGAGUGUGCUAAUGUCUGGUUUGAGCGCAGCGUCUACGAGCGAGCCGAGAGCCUCUACCAGUGCUGGUUGGCGAGCUCCUCCAAUGGGACCACCCAGUCAAACCGGUCACUUUCGGCACCAGGGAAACAAUCAAAGUCUCCGUCUUCUGUGGCUGCUUCUCCAUCAGGUCUGGUGUGCCACCACGGCGAUCAGGUGGCUUGCCACCACGUCGUCCAGGCCGUGUGGGUGAACAAGGCGACCUUUGACCAAGCAGAACGCCGCUUUGUUGAAGAGUCUGUGCCGUCCAUUCCAAACUCUCUGGCCCUUCCAUCCCAGCCUAACCGCUCCAUCCCACCCACAACACCUGAUGAAGGAUAUCAGUCUCUAGCCCAGACUCCUGCGACCCCGGUCAUCCAGCAAGCAGCUGUCCCACCAACCAAUAGACAGCCAAUUAACGGACUCCCCCGCAUCCCUGUGGAGCUGCUAAGAGAUGUGUGGCUGGAGAAGCCGUUCUAUGACCGUGCCGAGGCAGCCUUCUACCAGAAUCUGUACGGUAACAACUCCUCCAAGCGGUCCAGCUGCGCCUCCACUGCCAGAAGUAGCGACCACCCUCAAAGCCUAGUAGAAGAGGAGGAGGAGGAGGAGGAAGAAGACGAGGAAGCGGUGGUAGAGGAAAAACGGGUGGUCCCGCAGGGUAAAGCAGAAGUCUUCCACGCUCUGCUGCCCAUUCAGGAAGAAGAGGAGCCAGCUGACGUCCCAGAGAAGGAAGAGGCGUCAGAGGCCGGUGUCUGCAACUUCGUUCACCCAGACAACGAGCGGGUGUGGCUGGACAAGUGGCGGUAUGAUGCUGCAGAGAGCCGUUUCCAUGGUUACAGUGGGAGUGAAGCUGUGGUGGUGACGAAGGGUCGGAGGCCAGAAGCAGCAUCAGUUGCCUCCACCGCCCCACUGAGGGACAAGUAUGACCAAACCGGGAGAAUGGAGCCGCUGCAGCUGUUUCACUUUUAUCGUUCAUUGGUUUUCUUUGUGUAA